AAAGCAAAGAGAUUAGAAGAGUCUCUUCUAUCUCUAAAUCCAUUCUUCUCAGAAUAGAUAAAAGAUAUACACUCCAUUAAAUCUAUACAUACAUCAAGCUUAUAUGUAUCACCCUCUCUCUUUCUCUCCCUUAUAUAUAUGCAACUCCAAAACAAUCAUUUAAUCCAAACCCAAAAUAUCCUUUUAACAGAAUCUUCUUUUUCCUGAAAAUAUCUAAAGAAAAUGGGAUUGAAUUUUAGAGAUAAAUCCUGGAUUUUUCUGGUGAUUCUUUGUUGUUUAUCAUUGGUUUGUAUAGUAAAAGCAUCAGUCUCUUAUGAUCGUAAAGCUGUGAUCAUCAAUGGACAAAGAAGAAUCCUUCUCUCUGGUUCCAUUCACUAUCCACGAAGCACCCCUGAGAUGUGGCCUGGCCUUAUACAGAAAGCCAAAGAAGGAGGCUUGGAUGUUAUUGAGACUUAUGUUUUUUGGAAUGGCCAUGAACCUUCUCCUGGACAAUAUUAUUUUGGAGACAGGUAUGAUUUGGUUAAGUUCAUCAAGUUGGUGCACCAAGCUGGUCUCUAUGUUAAUCUCAGGAUUGGCCCUUAUGUUUGUGCUGAAUGGAACUUUGGGGGAUUUCCGGUUUGGCUUAAAUUUGUUCCCGGUAUGGCUUUUAGGACGGAUAAUGAACCUUUCAAGGCUGCAAUGAAGAAAUUUACUGAAAAGAUUGUAUGGAUGAUGAAAGCAGAAAAGUUGUUUCAAACUCAAGGAGGACCCAUCAUUCUUGCACAGAUUGAGAAUGAAUAUGGACCAGUGGAAUGGGAAAUAGGAGCACCAGGAAAGGCUUAUACAAAAUGGGUAGCUCAAAUGGCAUUAGGACUCUCCACUGGUGUUCCAUGGAUUAUGUGCAAGCAAGAAGAUGCUCCUUCUCCUAUCAUAGACACAUGCAAUGGUUAUUACUGCGAAGAUUUCAAACCAAACUCAAGCAACAAGCCAAAGAUGUGGACAGAGAAUUGGACUGGUUGGUACACAGAGUUUGGAGGUGCUGUACCAUACAGACCAGUCGAAGAUAUUGCAUAUUCCGUUGCACGAUUCAUACAAAAAGGAGGUUCCUUCGUCAAUUACUAUAUGUAUCAUGGAGGAACAAAUUUUGACAGAACAGCCGGUGAGUUCAUGGCUUCAAGCUAUGACUAUGACGCUCCUCUCGAUGAAUACGGUUUACCAAGAGAACCAAAGUAUAGUCACUUGAAAGCAUUGCAUAAAGUCAUCAAACUUAGUGAGCCAGCUUUGCUUUCUGCUGAUGCUACGGUCACAUCGCUUGGAGCUAAACAAGAAGCUUAUGUGUUCUGGUCUAAAUCAUCUUGCGCCGCGUUUUUAUCGAACAAAGAUGAGAGUUCUGCAGCGAGAGUUAUGUUCCGUGGAUUCCCAUAUGUUUUGCCUCCUUGGUCAGUCAGUAUUUUACCUGAUUGCAAAACAGAGUUUUACAACACUGCAAAGGUUAAUGCACCAAGCGUACACAGGAAUAUGGUUCCUACUGGUGCCAGAUUCUCUUGGGGAUCAUUCAACGAAGCGACUCCUACUGCGAAUGAAGCUGGUACGUUUGCAAGAAACGGACUUGUGGAACAGAUAAGCAUGACUUGGGACAAAUCUGACUACUUCUGGUAUCUAACAGACAUUACAAUUGGUUCCGGUGAGACAUUUUUGAAGACUGGUGAUUUCCCUCUUUUUACUGUUAUGUCAGCUGGACAUGCUCUUCAUGUGUUUGUCAAUGGGCAGCUUUCAGGAACUGCUUAUGGAGGACUUGACCACCCAAAACUAACCUUUACCCAGAAGAUCAAACUACAUGCUGGUGUCAACAAGCUUGCUCUUUUGAGUGUUGCAGUGGGUCUCCCGAACGUCGGUACACAUUUUGAACAGUGGAACAAAGGAGUUCUUGGUCCGGUCACGUUGAAGGGAGUUAACUCCGGAACAUGGGACAUGUCGAAAUGGAAAUGGUCCUAUAAGAUUGGUGUAAAGGGUGAAGCUUUGAGUCUUCAUACCGAUACCGAGAGUUCCGGUGUGAGAUGGACUCAAGGAUCAUUUGUGGCCAAGAAGCAACCAUUAACCUGGUACAAGUCUACUUUUGCUACACCAGCAGGCAAUGAACCAUUAGCUUUAGACAUGAACACAAUGGGAAAAGGUCAAGUUUGGAUAAAUGGUAGAAACAUUGGACGUCAUUGGCCAGCAUAUAAGGCUCAAGGAUCUUGUGGACGUUGUAACUACGCUGGAACUUUCAACGCAAAGAAAUGUUUAAGUAAUUGUGGUGAAGCUUCACAAAGAUGGUACCAUGUACCUCGUUCAUGGCUUAAGUCUCAGAAUCUUAUAGUUGUGUUUGAAGAGUGGGGUGGUGAUCCUAAUGGAAUCUCAUUGGUGAAAAGAACAUAAAAGCUUCUUCUGGUUCCGAGUUUUCAGGACAGAAGCAAGCUGUUUGAUUUGUUUGUCUAUAUCUCUCUCUGGCUUUGCUUUGAAGAUAGAGACAGAGCUGGAAUUUUUUUUUUAAAAUGAAUUUGUGUAGUUAUUUCAAGAACUAUACAACAUGUAUAUGUAUAUUACUAAAUAAAAUUCACAGAAUAUAAUACCAAUGAGUGUUUUGAUUCACUAUAA